UGGUUGGUGGAAGGGGUGGAGCCGGGCUCUCCGGUCCCGGAGGAGGCGGAAGCUCCGAGUGAGUGCCAACCGAGGACGCUUACCUGUUGAGCCUGUGCUCACAGGUAGAGGUGGCGGCUCCGGGUCCAGCAGGUCCAGUGAGCAGCUUCCCAGAUGUGGAGAUCGGCAGUUGAGAGAGGAGCCAGCCGUCCAGGGAUCCCACAGCCGGUUGGUGGGCCAGCCAGGGAGCGGCUCCCGUCCCCCAGCCGUCCCCUCUGUGCCGAGGUUCUCCUGCUCUGAGGCAGGACACCAAGUGAGCCUGGGCAUCUGGGCGGUCCGCUGUAGAAGCCUCCCCACGAAGGGACCUUGGUCCGAGGCACUGCCUCUCUGCCAGCACCAGCCAUGAACUACGUGGGGCAGCUGGCCGGGACAGUGUUUGGGACGAUGAAGGAGCUGUAUCGGGGCCUGAACCCCGCCACGCUGAGUGGCGGCAUCGAUGUGCUGGUGGUGCAGCAGGUGGACGGCUCCUUCCGGUGCUCACCCUUCCACGUGAGGUUUGGCAAGCUGGGCGUCCUGCGGUCCCGGGAGAAGGUGGUAGACAUCGAGAUCAAUGGGGAGCCGGUGGACCUGCACAUGAAGCUGGGGGACAGYGGGGAGGCCUUCUUUGUCCAGGAGCUGGACAGCGAUGAGGAGGACGUGCCUCCCUGCCUGUGUACCUCACCCAUCCCAUGGGGGGGCCUGUCGGGCUUUCCCUCCAACUCCCUGCAUGGCACAGCUAAGGAGCCCGAGGGCCUGGUCAUGGUGGGCUCGGCCUCUGCGGGGCGGAAGAAGAGGCGUCGCAGGAGGAAACCCAAGCGGAAGGAGGAUGCAGUGGCAGCAGAUUCUAGUUCUGAGGAACUUGAGGCAGGCACCGAGAGUGAGCUGUCCCCGCUGGAAAAGCCAAGGCCAGAGCCCCCAGGUAUUCAGUUGGAAGGGGAAUCCUCACCACAGUCCAAAGACAUCUACCCCUACUCGGAUGGCGAGUUUGCGCCCCAGGCCAGCCUCUUACCAGAAGGCUUACCGUCCCCUAAGAGUGACUCUGAGCUGGAGCUGCGGGCCCCAGAGUCCAGUCCCCUGAGAGCUGAGUCCCACAUGCAGUGGGCGUGGGGAAGGCUGCCUAAGGUAGCCAAAGCUGAGCGGCCUGAGUCCACAGUGGUCCCUCCAGGUGGCGCUGGGACAAUCUCUGCUCUUCAGAAAGUACCCAGCACCUCCUGCUCUUCUGUGGCUGCCGUGGACCCUUCGGGAUCCCCAAUCCUGCAAACAGGGGCAGGGGCUGGCCUGUUUGUGGAGUCCCAAUGGACAGAGACUCUGCUGGCCCCAGAGAGCGAGGAAACCAAGACUCAGAGCUCUGGGGAUGCAGGCCUCUCUCCUGACUCCAAAUCAUGGAGCUGGGCCACCCUGGAGGGCCCUGUUCCCACCGGGCAGCCAGAGGCCUCUGUGGGGAAAGGCUCYCUGAAGAGAAGCCAGCAUCUGGGCCCCAGUGACAUCUACCUGGAUGACUUGUCUUCCCUGGACUCUGAAAAUGCAGCCCUUUACUUCCCCCAGAGUGACUGUGGGCUUGGGGCCAGGAGGUGGAGUGAACCCAGCAGCCAGAAGCUCCUGGGAAACACUAACCCCAAACCUGUGCCAGAAUCCACUCUGGACUCCGUGGACACCAUAACGCUGUCCCUCUGCGGUGGACUGGCUGACAGCCGGGAUAUCUCCCUGGAGAAGUUCAAUCAGCAUGUGGUCUCCUACCAGGACCUCACUAAAAAUCCCGGACUCCUGGAUGAUCCAAACCUAGUGGUGAAAAUCAAUGAGAAGCACUAUAACUGGGCUGUGGCUGCCCCCAUGAUCCUUUCCCUACAAGCCUUUCAGAAGAAUUUGCCUGAGAGUACCGUGGACAAGCUGGAGAAGGAGAAGAUGCCCCGGAAGGGUGGGCGGUGGUGGUUUUCCUGGCGCCGCAGGGACUUCCCAGCAGAGGAGCGCAGUGCCCAGAGGGAGAAAACCACAGCCAGGGAGCAGCAGGGGGAGAAGACUGAAGUCCUGAGCAGCGAGGACGAUGCCCCAGACAGCCCUGUGAUCCUCGAGGUCCCCCUUCCACCACCCUGCACUCCAGCCUGCAUGCUCACCUACAAGAAAUCCCUGCGCCUCACUUCUGAUCAGAUUCGGCACCUGAACCUUCAUGAAGGUGCCAAUGAUGUGGUCUUCAGUGUGACCACCCAGUACCAGGGCACCUGCCGCUGCAAGGCCACCAUCUACCUGUGGAAAUGGGACGACAAGGUGGUCAUCUCCGACAUUGAUGGCACCAUCACCAAGUCAGAUGCUCUGGGCCACAUUCUGCCCCAGCUGGGGAAAGACUGGACACAUCAGGGCAUCAUCAGUCUCUACCACAAAAUCCACCUAAAUGGGUACAAAUUCCUGUAUUGCUCAGCACGGGCCAUCGGCAUGGCUGACCUUACCAAGGGCUACCUGCAGUGGGUGAGCGAGGACGGCUGUGGCCUCCCCAAGGGCCCCAUCCUGCUAUCUCCCAGCAGCCUCUUCUCGGCCCUCCACAGGGAGGUAAUCGAGAAGAAGCCAGAGGUGUUCAAGGUCGCCUGCCUGAGUGACAUCCAGCAGCUAUUUCUGCCCCAUGGACAACCCUUCYAUGCAGCCUUUGGCAACAGGCCCAACGAUGUCUUUGCCUACCGGCAGGUGGGCCUACCUGAAUCUCGGAUCUUCACAGUCAACCCCCGUGGAGAGCUCAUCCAGGAGCUCAUGAAGAACCACAAGUCCACGUACGAGCGGCUCAGCGAGGCCGUGGAGCUCCUCUUCCCGCCUGUGGCUCGUGGAGCCUGCGCAGACCUGGCCAACCCUGAAUACAGCAGUUUCUGCUACUGGCGGAAGCCCCUGCCUGCCGUGGACUUUGACUCCCUUGCCUGAACCUGCUCUGGAGUCCUCUCCUCCCUGGCCUGGCCCAGGAUUGACAGGGUAUCUAGGGCAUGGGGGUUGGAAGCUCCGUGCUAUGGGGAAGAAGAGGGCUGCAGGUGGACAGGUGACCACAGGGACCCUACCUCCUCUCUGAGCUGAAGCAGGUGGAGCAGCUGGUCCAGGCUUCAGCAGGGCCCUGAACUGUGGCAAUUAGAUGUUUCUCACCUUACCGUCUUCUCUGUGCCCUUGAUGCUACCCUGAGACCUUGCCUCAACUCCUGAUAGGACAGAGAGAAGAGAAGCCCCACUGAGACUUGAGGGGAAGAGAGGGGGUCAGCAGCAGCAGGGGUGACUGAGUGGCAUCUGGAAAGAACACUGCUCCCCCCGCUCCUUCUGGGGCCCUAGCCUGGACCAUCUGAAGCCAGACUUUUAUGUGGCCCUGCUCUGGUCCACAGUUCUUGAGCCAGGCAUCACUGCUUCCCCUCACUGGUACCCUGGUAUCUCAGUCCCAGGCCUGGAUACGCCACGGUGCCUCUGAAGUCCGGGAAAGGGGAUUCAGGGGUACUUGAGGGCUGAGAGAGUGUGGCUCCUGCUUGUCCCAUCCCCACUCUCCAGCAUGUCCCUGAUCCUCUCAGCCCAUUCCCUGAGGACUCAGCCUCCAACCCUGCCAGGGGAAAUGGUGUUUGCUGACCACCCUGCCCUGGCCUCCAUUGGUCAGUUCCAUGCAUAGCUAUUAAGCAAGCACAUGCCUGAUGUGCUGUGGGAUGCGAGGCUGACGCUGUCUUUGAAGAAAGCACCUUAGACUGGCUAAAAGCUUUAAUUCAGAAUCUGCCCUCCUCCAACAGUGCCCGAGAGGAGGGCAUAAAACUGAAUGUCCAGAAACCAGAAGGCAGGGCUAUGGGACCCGCAAACAGCACAGGAGGCCCAUGCUACUCGGGAGAAACUGAGUCCCAGGAGCCCCAGCAGACACCAGAGUCUCUGAGGACAACUUGCUUUUUCCAAUUGUCCUGUGAAUUUCUCACCACUUUGUGAACCUUUGGCAGGGCUGGGAGCUGGCAAGGGUGUUAAAAGCAAGGCCUGGACCCCUUGAACUCCAGCUGUGGCCUGCCUCUCAGGGUCUGGCUUCCUUCAGGCCCUGAUACCCAUGAAGGCCACUCUUGGGUGAGAAGUACUGACCUGGGGGAAAGAUUUUCCCCCAACUGGAAGGAAAGGACCCUACAGGCACCAGAGUGCUCUGAAAACCUGUUUAGGGAAGGAAAGGAAAGGGAGACCUUGGGGUAUCAUGUCCAAACCGACUGCCURGAUCCAAUGCUUCCUUCUGUGAGCGUCUACAGCUGCCUGUGCCCUCACCUUGAGGGAGGAUCAAAAGGAAUAAAGAAAACUUUAGGUUGCAUCUCUGUGCUGCUGUUCUGUCCUAAAGGACACGGGGAGGGGGGAGCUGGAAACACCUGGUAGUCUCCAGUCCUUCAGAAACAGCAUCUCUGAAGCUGCCAGAUGUGACAACAGUUCCAGUGGGAGUCACCUUCCUGAAGACAACAAUUAGUGACAGAAGCCCCCAAGCACUUUAACUGCCCCUUGUAGGCAGAGGGAACUGGGGGUGGUCCCUGUCUGAGAAUGGGCCCA